GCUGUGCCCCGGCUUUCCUCCCUCUUUGGCUACCCACAGAGCCCGUUCUCCCAGCCCCACCCUGCCAGCCCCUCCCAGGUGCCUGUGGUGGGGUUGUCAGCUCCCACAGCACCUGGGACUCCUGGCGGCACACCAUGGGCGCCCCAAGGCCCUGGGCCCGAUAUGGGCUGCUGGUUGUGGCCCACCUGCUGGCCCUGGCAUUUGGGGCUGCAGUGCUCCAGGCCCUGGAGGGGCCUCCAGCGCUCCAGCUCCAGGCCAGGCUCAGGGCCGAGCUGGCCACUUUCCAGGCGGAGUAUGGGGCCUGUCUGCCAUCUGGGGCACUGGAGGAGCUGCUGGGCACUGCCCUGGCAGCCCAGGCCCACGGGGUCUCCAGCCUGGGUCAUGGCUCAGAGACCAGGAACUGGGAUCUGCCCUCGGCCCUGCUCUUCACUGCCAGCAUCCUCACCACCACGGGUUAUGGCCACAUGGCCCCACUGUCAGCAGGUGGAAAGGCCUUCUGUGUGGUCUAUGCGGCCCUGGGGCUGCCAGCCUCCCUAGCACUUGUGGCUGCGCUACGCCACUGCCUGCUGCCUCUGCUCAGCCUCCCGGGCACCUGGGUAGCUAUCCGCUGGCAGCUGGUGCCAGCCAGGGCUGCGCUGCUAAAGGCAGCUGGAUUGGGCUUGUUAGUGGCUACUACCUUCAUACUGCUGCCAGCCCUGGUGCUGUGGGGUCUCCAGGGCGACUGCAGCCUGCUGGAGGCCAUCUACUUCUGCUUCAGCUCACUCAGUACCAUCAGCCUGGGGGACCUGCUGCCCAGUCGCGGCCGUGGCCUGCAUCCAGUGCUUUACCACCUUGGCCAGCUCGCACUUCUCGGUUACUUGCUCCUGGGGCUUCUGGCCAUGCUGCUGACUGUGGAGACCUUCUCGGAGCUGCAACAGGUCCGCGCCAUGGUGAAGUUCUUUGGGUCCAGUGAACCUUUGACCUCUGAGGACCAAGUUGGCAUCACAGGCCAGGAUGAACUGGCUCUGAGCACCCUGUCAGCCCCAACCACACCCUCAGGACAGGCCCCAGCUUGCUGACAGGCGUCAGAUGACGGGAAUUGAGCUUUCAGUUGGAGAAACCUGGAGAGGAAGCCUCUGGAGAAGGGAGAGGAGAAAUGGGUGGGAGGACCUCAGGGAAUUAUGUUAAAAAAAUUAAAUGGGCAGCACCCCCGA